AACAAGAUUCUAAGGCCCAUGGGCCUACCAGAAACAGAUUCAAUAUGAGUUCUUCUUCUUCGCCUAAAAUUCGAAAUUUCGAAACCUCUCAGAUACAUACACCUAACGGAAACAUACAGUAGCUUCUAUUUCCUCUUCCGCUAAGAAAAAUCGUAAUUCAAUCCUUACUUACACCUUUGGAUUCUCUCAAAUAUCCGAUCGGAAUCUGGCAACGAUGGUGAGAGAUAUUCAAGAUGAGAUCAGAGUCCAGAAGAAUCCUCUGCCGGUUGAUGAAGAUCAUAUCGCUCUCCUCAAGAGUCCUUAUCUAGGUGAAAUUGUUGAAGAAAUUAGCUCUGUGAGCGAGAAGCUCAAUGCUCAGUGUGAUGAUGGUGGUAGUGACGUCAACUCUGCUCCAAACAUUUUCUAUUUUGAUCAUGUGCCUCCUAAGAAGCGCCGCUACCUUGGGACAAGUGACACUUGGAGAAGUUUUGAGCCGUUGAACGAAGACGCGUGUGUCGUAUGCGAUAUUACAGACGAUAGUGUAGCGCCUUGUUCUGGGAAUGACUGUCCUAUCUCUGUUCACAGGGAGUGUGCUGAGCUUGAUUGUGAAGAUUCUGCAACCUCUUAUUGUCCCUAUUGUUGGUUUAAAGAUAAAGCGACUAGAUCCACGACAUUGAGAACAGUGGGUGUUGCAGCUGCGAAGACACUUGAUCAAUAUAGAUGUACUAAGCUUAAGAGUGGAGAUAUAGCCAUGGCGAGAGAAAAUAAUCAACUAGAGAAUGAUAAUGAUAAUUCACUCUCAAUGCAAUUACAUGAAAACCUUCAUCAAUUGCGGGAAGUUGUCGGGCAACUUAAGGCUCAAAAUUUCCGGUUUGACGAGACAAUUGUGGAGAAAGCUUGCGGAGAAGCUUGUGUUGACGUUGAUGAUCAGCGGAAAAGGGUCUUAUGGACAGCCAAGGAAGAGAACAUGUUGAGGGUGGGAGUGGAGAUAUUUGCAGCUACAAUCAAUAAAAACAUACCUUGGAAGAAGAUUUUGGAGAUGGGAAAAGGUAUAUUCCACAAGACUCGUAAUUCCUCAGAUCUUAAGGACAAGUGGAGAAACAUGGUGCGUAUGUGAUUAAUAAGUCUUUUCACUAGCAAACGUUAAGACAAAUGCUAGUGACCUUUUGAAGUGGCAAUAUAGUAGUGUGAAGAAAAUAUGUGACUUUGAUGAUUGUCCUUCCUUAUAAUCGCAGCUUCGGAUUCCUGCUUGUAGAUCUUUUGGUAACAAUAGUCCUUCCUUUUAACAGUCUAGUAAACUUGUAUUUGAGAUGUAGACGAUUUUGUUUUGUAUUCCUUAUGUUGAUAUUAAGAGGAUAAAACGUUUCUUCUGUGGUA